AUGCAAGCGGACACAUUACUCAAACAUGAGCCCGAGUCCGAAUCACCGGGCUCUAUCGUGAAUGGUAGUCUCGAUGUGACGAACGCAACCGCACAGCCAAACGGCAAAGCGACUUCUGCAUCAGCGGCUACGAAUGGCCAAUUCCCACCACCGAAGACCGACAAACCGCGACCGCAUGGCUGCACAACCUGCGGCAGGUCAUUUGCCAGGCUUGAGCACCUGAAACGCCACGAGCGAUCACACACGAAAGAGAAGCCAUUUGAAUGUCCAGAAUGCACACGAUGUUUUGCGCGGAGAGAUUUGCUCCUGCGCCAUCAACAAAAGCUGCAUUUGACGGGCCAGCCCACGCGACCACGGAAUGGUCGACGUGAGAGUGUCGCCGGUGCUCCCGGCAGCAAGGUGCGGAAGAACUCCAUGGUCAAUGGCAAUGUUGGUGGGGCUGCUGCUACACAUUCAAGACGGAACACAAUCUCGCAUAUCGAUAUGUCUACCAUUGGGCUGCUUGACGGGUCCAAUGCAAAUGUCAACCGCAUGAAUCCGCUUGGUCUUGGGCUCGGGAAUCCUCUCGGCAUGAAUGGCGUUCACGGCGGAGCGAACUUCAACUACAACUUGAACUCCGGUCUUGGACUUGGCAGCGUGCAUGGACUACCGAAACUGGACACUCAUAUCGACCAAUUGGAUCUUACAAAUUCAUUGCGUACAGCUCCGCCAGGUGCGGCAUUCGGUGGCUUCGAUAUCGAGCAGCUGUUCACCCCUCACACUACUAUUAAUCCUGCGGCACUCCACUUUGGCGAAGCCGGCUCCGUUCCCUCUUCCAACAUUCCUUUUGGCUUCGAUCCCAGCACCAACCAGCAAGUGCCGGUAGAAGAUGACUUUGGUUGGAUGCGCAAUUGGAAUAUGCAGAUGCCGACAGGCGUCGACAACGAGCAGGCCAUCGAAGAGUCUUCACCUUCGCGGAUGAGCAGCGGUGACAGUCCUGCCGAUUUCCCAGAUAACAUGACCCACAGCGUUCCAUCGAUGCCGGUCUCAAAUAGCUUCCAAUGGCCUCAGUCAGACUUGCAUAUCCACCGAGCCAUGUCGAUGAGCCAAUUUCAGCUUGAUGCGCUCGGGUCGGGGAUCAACAAUCUGGAGAUGUCGAACGGCACGCUCUCUCCUUCAAGCUUGCACGAUCCCACACCAACCGGAGAAGCGUACUUUCACGGAGCUAUGCUCCAGCAGAAGUCAAUACAGCAGCAGUCAUCGCCGCAAAGUCGACCAAAGUCGAACACUGAUGGGACCCCGGGGCACUCGGCCAACUUCUUUGGCAACCCACUGUCCAAUCUCAGCUCCAAUAGCCCAAGCAUAGCCUCCUCCUCAAUCACCGGCAGUGCACGGCAUAGCUCUGUGACAUCAAUGUCGACCGACUCCAUCACAGACUCUACCCGCCAGGCACUCCUAAGCAGUCUCAAUCAGCCAUCGGUAUUCGGCGGCCACAAUGCGCGAAAAUAUUCACAGCCGACUAUCAGCAGUCCACUUUCUCCUGGUCCAGUCCGAGGCGCAAUGCAGAGCCAAGGGCCCUCACUUCCGGAGACCACGGACAUUCGACGAUACAUUGACGCUUUCAUGCAAUACGCCCAUCCACAUCUUCCAAUCACACACAUUCCAACCCUGUCGUUUGACUCGAUCGAAUCUGUUACAGGAUCUCGCGGCACGCCACCGUCAAAUGGUCCAAAUGGAAACGGGAACACAGGUGGUGCCAGAUGUUUGAUUCUGGGUAUGGCUGCGAUUGGAGCUCUCUACGAGUAUGAUCAUCCGGCUUCGAAAGGGCUUUUUGAAUCUGCGAAGAAGAUGAUUCAAUUGUAUCUUGAGGAGAGGCGCAAAGCGGAUAUGUCAAAGGCGAUGAACGGUUCGAAUGGGGGUGCCAGUGCCGAGACACCGCUUUGGCUGGUGCAAGCUAUGUUGCUCACUGUGAUCUACGGCCACCACUGUGGCGACCGACUGGCAGCAGAUAUCGCCAGCAACCACAUUGCCGCGCUAGUCAGUCUUGCGAGAGCCGCUAACCUUGCGCAUCCGCCAAUGACCCCAUCCUCCGGCGAACACAAAAACCAAAAUGGAGGCGACGUUGACAUGGGUGAAGCUGGGCCCGAGGAAGACUUGCACAGUCAAUGGAUUAAGUGGAAGCUUGGAGAGGAGAGGAAGCGCUGUCUUUUUGCCAUCUUCACACUUUCCAGCCUUCUCACAACUGCCUACAACCAGACGCCCACGAUCAUGAAUUCGGAGAUUCUCCUAGAUCUCCCGUGCGAAGAAGAACUUUAUGCAGCUCCCACCGCCGAUGCGUGGCAGAAUUUGGGCGGGAUGGCUGCCGUUGAAGCCAACGCAAUCCCAUUUGCAUCUGCACUCAGCACGCUAUUAAGCGCACACCAACGGCAAGGAAACAAUUUCACUCCCAGUCCAUUUGGAAGCGUGCAGAACCGCGACACUUCUGCAGAGACUGAGAUGAAGCCUAGCACAUUCGGCUGUCUAGUCUUGAUCAAUGCCCUUCACAACUACAUCUGGGAAACGAGGAGUCGGCGCCGAGAGUGGACGAUGCAGGAGACUGAAUCAAUGGUCGCCUACAUUGAGCCUGCUCUGAAUGCAUGGCAAGCUGCCUGGAAGGCCAACGAGCGCCACAAGCUGGAGAGACCGAAUCCGUUCGGACUGGGACCCCUCUCCGCCGACAGUAUUCCGCUGCUCGACCUGGCCUUUGUGCGACUAUACGUUGACAUGGGACGAACCGCGGAAGCAUUCUGGAGGAGAGACUUUGAUGCCAUGGCGGAAGAAUUGGCCAACGGCAGCCAAAUGAUCUCUGCUGGCAGUCCAAAGGGUAUCAACGGGCAAGCAGGGCAGAACGGUGCAGGCUCUCCCGACCACCAAGUGGCGCAACGCAGAGCGUCCCAGGCACAAGUCUCAGAUCAGGCAUCUUCACGCCGAGAGCGUCAUCUGCGGAAGGCUGCCUUCUACGCUGUGGACUCCCUCACCAUCGCAUGCACAUUCAACCUCACAUACGCCGACCCGACCGCUCACGAGCUACCGAUCCAGUCCGCUAUUUGCUUCCUUGACUGUGUCCAAGUUCUCGCGGAGUGGUGCGUUACCGUUCAGGAGCGAGUAGGCCGCUACCUUGGCGUGCUUGGCCGAGAUCAGAUCGACUACACGCAAGUCCCAGCCAUCAUGCUGCUCGAGACGGAAGAUGCAGAGCUCUUGCGCAAGAUCGAGCAGAUCUGCACGAACCUCGAGGACAAGCGCAUGCAGCAGGAGAACCUGCUGGCGAUGGACAUUGGCAACUUCAAUCCUGGUGCAGCUGCCAUUGCCUCUGCUCAGAGUAACAUCGAUUUGUCUUCGAGUGGAGUCGGGAGCAAAAUUUUGAGAGUGACGGCCAUGAUGUUGGAAAAGGCUGUCAUCUGGCCGAUCACCCACGUCAUGGCAAAAGCCCUCGAAGUCGAGGCCACCCAUAUGGACCGCCGCGCUGAAGCUUCCUGCACGCAGGCUUGA